GAUAUUUCUUUUUAGCUGAAAGUACACUGCUUUCAUUUUCAUGCAAGCAAAAUAAAAUUUGGAGUGUGCAAUCAAUUAAAAAACCAAAAAAAAAAAAAUUAUAAAUAAGGGUGCAGCCAUCGUUUAAUAACUAUUUACUAAAUUUUUAAAUUUAGAUGCUCAUUUUGUGAAAUUAUUUUAGUAUUAAGUGUUGUUGUUGUCCAUUUCCUAAUUUUUUAUUUAUUUUUAGAAUGACCCGAUUUUGGGCACACCAAAAUAAAGCCCGCUUGUUGUUCUGGGUUGUGCGACGGAGUUGGGAAUUGGGAUUUUGCAUGUACACUCACUCAGCAAUAUGCAUUCAACCAAACUUUAAUUUUUCCCAAAUCACUCAAUUUACUGCUCAAUUUCCUUAACAAUGAUGCGAUUUGUGUCGCGGAGGAUUGAAAUUUCUAGUGGAGAUGGAGAAAUUUCGAAGUUAGGUUUUGGGAAAAGAGGUAUUGUUACGAGCUGUAGAGCUGUGUUGUUGCCCAGAUUUGGCGGACCGGAGGUUCUUGAGUUUCAUGAAAAUGUAGCUGUUCCUGAUCUUAAACCUAAUCAUGUGCUUGUUCGUGCUCGUGCUGUCUCCAUCAAUCCCCUUGAUACCAGAAUGCGAUCAGGAUAUGGACGUUCAAUUUUCGAGCCACUUUUACCUUUGAUUUUGGGCCGAGAUAUAAGUGGUGAAGUUGCAGCUGUUGGAAAUUCUGUUAAGUCACUUACAUUUGGGCAGGAGGUAUUUGGUGCUCUGCAUCCAACCGCCGUGAGGGGUACUUAUACUGACUAUGCUAUUCUUGCGGAGGAUGAACUUGCUCCAAAGCCAGGAUCACUUUCACAUGUGGAAGCCAGCGCCAUCCCAUUUGCUGCCCUAACUGCUUGGCGUGCGCUAAAAAGUACUGCCAGAAUAAGAGUGGGGCAAAGGGUAUUGGUCAUAGGAGGAGGAGGAGCAGUAGGUUUCUCUGCAAUUCAGCUUGCAGUGGCUGCAGGCUGCCAUGUUUCUACUACGUGUGGAGGAGAGAGUAUAAGUCGCAUUUUGGCAGCCGGUGCGGAGCAAGCUGUUGACUAUACCAGUGAGGAUGCUGAAAUAGCACUUAAGGGGCAUUUUGAUGCUGUCUUGGAUACAAUUGGUGUGCCAGAUACUGAGAGAAUGGGUAUUAGUCUUUUAAAGAGAGGAGGACACUACAUGACGUUACAGGGGGAGGCUGCAUCGGUGACUGAUCGAUACGGACUAGCUAUUGGUCUUCCUAUGGCAACAGCCAUCUUGCUGAAGAAGCAAAUGCAAUAUCGAUAUUCUCAUGGAAUAGAAUAUUGGUGGAAUUAUAUGAGGGCUGAUGCUGAGGGUUUACAUGAGAUACGCCGGUUAUCUGAGGCUGGUAAGCUUCAAGUCCCGGUAGAUAAAACUUUCCCAAUUUCACAGGUGAGAGAGGCUCACGAGGCCAAGGAUAGACGACGAAUUCCUGGCAAAGUGGUUCUGGAAAUUGACUGAUUUAACUGGACAAGCUUAACCAACAGUAAGGAAGGCUAUAAUGUUCCAUGCAAUCUGGUAUCGCACUGAAUACUUGAUGCUGCAUAUGCUACGACUCUACAAUAUCAUCUGUCUUUGCAGAAUAACCAGUACCAAUUUACACUUUGUUGGAAUAUAUAGGAUUUAGAAACUACUAGGGAAGAAAAAUGUGCAACCUGUAAAUUCUCCGGACAUACUCAUUUUUUUCAUUUUCUUGAAGUAUCCGUCAUUAUUUCCCGGUCA